CCUGAAGAGGAAGAAAAAAAAGCCUCUCAUUCCCGGUGUGGCCAGUUGCUGUUGAGCAGGUAGGUACAAUCCAGAAACAUCAUUGAAACACACAAAAAACACAAAUGCAAAACCCAACUGACGAUGAUGUAAUGAUAACGGAAGACGAGGCUAAGACCCCUUUUGCCGAUUCGCCGACCGCUGGUGACUCGGAAGUCGGCGGUGCAGCUGAGUCGGUUGAACUUGUUGGGCCUGCUGGUGGUGGGUCUGGUGGCGUUGGCGCUAGUUUGAAUAGUAGAGUUAAGGGACCUUGGUCGCCUGAAGAAGACGCGGUUUUGACUCAACUUGUGAGUAAGUUUGGUGCUAGGAAUUGGAGCUUGAUCGCCCGUGGAAUUCCUGGUCGUUCUGGGAAAUCUUGUAGGCUUAGAUGGUGUAACCAGCUCGACCCUUGCCUCAAGCGGAAGCCUUUUACUGAUGAGGAGGAUCAUAUAAUAAUUUCAGCCCAUGCAAUCCAUGGAAACAAAUGGGCAGCAAUUGCAAGGCUUCUUCCGGGUAGAACAGAUAAUGCAAUCAAGAACCACUGGAAUUCUACUCUAAGGCGCAGAUGUAUGGAUCAAGGGAGGUUUAAACCAGGACGUAGUGAUGCUAUGGAAGAUGGUAGCCAUGAUAAAACAAAGGCAUCAUCAGAGGAAACCCUGUCAGUUGGCGAUGUCAAUUCCUUCAAGCUGCCUGAAGGGAGAGAUGUCACAAUAGAUGACCAACCCGACCAGGAAGAAGACAAAGCUCAAGCAGACAAAGUUCCUCAAACAAAUGGAUUUGAUUUUGCUGCAGAAACACAAGUCCAUCCUACACUUCCUCGUCCUAAGGCACGUAUUAGUGCAUUUAGUGUUUAUACUCCUCCUAGUGGCCCAAAAACUGGGUAUUCAAGAACAGUUCCAACUCAUGGUCCUUUGGUUCAAUCUUCAAAAACAGACUUUACAGCCUGCAAGUUCCUAGAAGAUAUUCAUGUUGAUCCCAUUGUUCCGUUGCAAUGUGGGUAUGGUUGUUGCACAACGCCAAGCACGGGCCAUCCUCAGAGCUCAUUGUUAGGGCCUGAGUUUGUAGAAUACGAGGAGCUUCCUGCUUUCUCAAGUCAAGAAUUAAUCUCAAUUGCUACAGAUUUAAACAAUAUUGCAUGGAUCAAGAGUGGCCUUGAGAAUAGCAGCAAUGGUAUAACGGGCAAUACUGCGAACUAUAAAAUAUCUCAAGGGGCUGUUGUUGGCUCACAAAUGGGAGUGCCAGAACAGAAUUUAAGAAAUGGGCAUAUGCCUUAUGAAGAAGGUAGAAACAAACUGAUGGGUAUGAUGACUGAUAACUUAUCUACUCUGCCUGCACAGCCUUUUGCAAUGCGAGCUGAAGUCGAGAGCUUGAGCCGAAUAUUAUAGCUGCUUUGUUUUUGUGAUAUUGCAUUUUGGGUAAUAGUAUAGAAUCAAAUGUUAAUGUUGUUACUAUUAUAUGCUUGAUCAUAGAAGUUAAGAAUAUGAUUUAGCGAAGAGGUUCCUCAACUAUUGAAGAAGAGAUGAUGCCAUUUUGUUAACAUUCUGCUUCUAAAGAAUGUACUCAGAAUUGAUCAAGGAAUGGAAUUUGCUGAUACAAGUCAUUUUGGUGCUAAAA